AUUAUUAUUUAUAGCUGCGCCGCUGAGCAUGAGACUUCAAUGCUGCCGGAGGCUUAUGUGGACGCCGCCCAGCGCUCAACGCACACGAACAACUGGGCGGUGCUGGUGGAUGCGUCCCGCUUCUGGUUCAACUAUCGUCAUGUAGCCAAUGUGCUGUCCAUUUAUCGGUCCGUCAAGCGUCUCGGCAUACCCGACUCACAAAUCAUUUUAAUGAUCGCCGACGAUAUGGCCUGCAAUGCGCGCAAUCCUCGGCCGGGCCAGGUGUACAACAAUGCAAACCAGCAUAUCAAUGUGUAUGGCGAUGAUGUUGAGGUCGAUUAUCGCGGCUAUGAGGUAACCGUGGAGAACUUUGUGCGUCUGCUGACGGGACGAACACAAAAUGGCACCGCACGCUCCAAGAAGCUGCUCUCCGAUGCGGGCAGCAAUGUGCUCAUCUAUUUGACUGGCCACGGUGGCGACGGAUUUCUCAAGUUCCAGGACUCCGAGGAGAUAACCAGCCAGGAACUGGCCGAUGGCAUACAGCAAAUGUGGGAAAAGAAACGUUACAACGAGCUCUUCUUCAUGGUAGACACUUGCCAGGCGGCGUCGCUCUACGAGAAAUUUACAUCGCCCAAUGUCCUGGCCGUGGCCAGCAGCCUGGUCGGCGAGGAUUCGCUAUCGCAUCAUGUGGAUCCCUCGAUCGGCGUCUAUAUGAUCGAUCGCUAUACCUACUAUGCGCUCGAGUUUCUGGAGAAGGUGCAGCCGUUUAGCAAGCGGACAAUUGGUGAAUUUCUGCAAGUGUGCCCGAAGCGCGUAUGCAUCUCGACAGUGGGCGUGCGCAAGGAUUUAUAUAGACGCGAUCCGCACAAGGUGCCCAUUACGGAUUUCUUUGGCGCCAUACGUCCCACGCGCGUUUCCACGGAUCGCAUCAAUGUAACGCUGGCCAAUGAAGAAGACUUUGUCAACGAGGUGGCCCAGUCAGGACCAAGGAAACAGUUCAAGAUCAUUUUGGAGCCGCAGUUUACAGCUGAAUUAAUAAAGUAACAACAGGUCCCAGCACUUUGUUCAGCUUGGGGUAUACGCUGCUCGAUGGACGCUUGGAACAAAACAAAAAACAAUAAAUAAAGUGUCCUCUUAAGGUUUUGCAUCCAAUUCGACUGUCUUGUAAAUUCGAAGCUUUCUGCAUGAGAAUUUUUCUUAUAUGUUGAUUUUAUCAUU